AUGUUAGGUCAAGGAAAUGGUAGUUUUAUAUUGCCUUAUCUCUCGCAACUAAUUGAUGUCUUGAAACCAGGUAUAAGUGACGAAGCAUUACAAGUACGUACAGUCACUGCAUUAACAUUGGCUCAAUUGGCAGAGAAUGUUACUCCGUACGGUAUAGAUUCAUUCGAAUCGAUUUUGGAACCGGUAUGGUUUGGAAUUAGGAAACAUAGAGGAAAGAGUCUUGCGGCGUUUUUGAAAUGUAUUGGGUCGAUUAUUCCUUUGAUGGUACAUGAUGCUAACUAUGAAGAAUAUUCCAAUUAUUAUACGAAAGAAUUGAUGGUUAUUAUUUCCAGAGAGUUUAAUUCACCAGAUGAUGAUAUGAGAAAAACAAUAUUGAAGAUUAUGAUUGAUUUACCUCUUUCAACGAAGUUAAUCGAGAGCAAGAAAGUCAUUAAACCCUUUUUCAAUUCAUUUUGGAAUAGAAGGACUGCUUCGGAUACUGGAAGAAUCACGAAACUUGUAGUGGAAGCAACCAAUCAUUUAGCAUUAAGAUUUGAUUUCUUGGAUAUUUUGGAACAUGUUGUAUACUUUACCAAAGAUGAUAAUGAGCAACUUCGUAGACUUGCAAUCGAGACAAUCACGAAGAUGAUCUCAGGAAAUCCGGAGGAGUUAAUCGGACUAGAUUCACAAUUGGAGAUUAAAUUAGUGGAUGGGAUCUUAUUUGCAUUUCAAGAACAACAACAACAGAAUCGGAUUUAUUUAUUAUCUUUCCAGGCAUUGGCAAAGGCUUUGAAUAUAAGAUUAAAGCCCCAUUUGAAUUCAAUCAUAAGUACCAUUUUAUAUCGGAUGAAGAAUAAUAUCCGAGAAAUUAGACAACAAUCAAUUGAUCUAAUUACAAUUAUUGCCCCAGUUAUAAAACAAUGUUCCGAAUAUGAUUCUGACAAUUCUAUCUUGAAUAAGCUUAUCUUAAUCCUAUAUGAGUCUUUAGGAGAAGUAUACCCGGAUGUUCUCGGAAGUAUUAUCUUGGCAAUAUACGCAGCAAUCGAUUCCCUAGAUAAAGCAACAUUAUAUACAAUGACCAACCCAUCACUUAACCAAAUCUUACCCACGCUUACUCCAAUCCUCAAAAAUCGUCACGAAAAGGUACAAGAAGCAUGUAUAAAACUAAUCGGUCUAAUUGCAACCAAAAACCCCGAAACCAUUAACGCAAAAGAAUGGAUGAGAAUCAGUUUUGAACUAUUGGAAAUGUUAAAAUCCCAAAAACGUCGUAUCAGAAUCGCCGCCAAUGACACAUUUGGACAUAUUGCCAAAACCAUCGGUCCUCAAGAUGUGAUCGUCAUGUUGUUGAAUAAUCUCCGGGUUCAGGAAAGGCAAUUAAGAGUCUGUACUGCAGUCGCCAUGGGAAUAGUCGCCGAAACAUGUCGUCCAUUCACAGUUUUACCUGCAAUUAUGAAUGAAUACCGUAUCCCUGAGAAAAAUGUUCAGAAUGGGGUAUUGAAAGCUUUGAGUUUCUUAUUUGAAUAUUUGGACGGGACAAUGACUCGAGAUUAUUUGUUUGCGAUUACACCUUUGAUAGAAGAUGCAUUGGUUGAUCGGGAUCAAGUACAUCGACAGACAGCCGCUUCUGUUGUCAAGCGUAUAGCAAUCAAUUGUGUUGGAUUAAUUGAUAGUUAUGAUUAUUUUGAGGUGUUUGUACAUUUCUUAAAUUUGAUCCUUCCAAAUAUUUUCGAAACUUCACCGCAUGUGAUUGCGAGAAUUUUGGAUAGUGUGGAUUCCGUGAGAGUGGUGUUAGGAAAUGGGGUAUUUAUGAAUUACGUAUGGGCGGGUUUGUUUCAUCCAGCGAGAAAGGUAAGAGCGCCUUAUUGGAAAAUGUAUAAUAGCGCUUAUGUUCAUUGUAGCGAUGCAUUGGUGCCUUGCUAUCCUAGAAUCGACUUACAACCGGCGCAACUUUCGGUUGGCACACAAGAGGUACAAGAACAACGUGAUGAUUACAAGAUUGAAGAAUUGGAUUUAUUUUUAUAA